AUGGCGUUACUAGAUGCACAAAAUGAAAGAUAACCUAUUAAAAUAUAUGCUCAUACAAACAAUAGUGUGAAACUUUAAAUAUCAAUGUUUCUACAAGUUUCAUAAAAAUUCAUUUAAUCUAUUUCAUUGUAAUAAAAAAUGGGCUCGUUUAAACGGUUUACAUCGAAUGGUAAGAGAAAGAAACAUUCGAGCUCAAAAUUAGUAGAGAAAUCACGCAAACAACUGCGUAAAGAAGUCAGGAAGCAAAAGAAAAUAAAUAGAGCAAUUUAUUUUCAAAAUAAAAGUGAAUUUAAUGUUUCACGUACGCGUGACGACGAAAAUUUAAAGACACGUACAAUAGAUGAAAAUGAGAAUAGCGAUGACCACACUACUGACAAGACUAUUGAUUUGCAACAGAAAUCUAUUAGGAAAAGGAAACAACAGAAUUUAGAACGUAGAAAGAAUAACAAAAAGAAGGAAUUACUUAAGGAAGAAAAUUUGAAAGAAGAUAAAAUCAUCAAGAAAUUGGAAAAGCAAUUGAAACUGAAUAAAAGAAAGAAGAAGUCGAUCCCUAAAUCUUUUGUAGCAGAUGGAUUGGAUUAUCUUUUGAAUUUUUGUUUAGAAGAUGACAGGAAAUGCAUGGUGGAAACAGAGAGAGAGAAACUAGAAAAUGAGAUUAAUAAUGACUUUGAAGAAGAUUUGACUAUGGCUGUCGAGGGAACUCCAAUAGAAAAUACACAAGUUGAUAACGAAUUAUAUGAGUGCAAUGAAAAUGAAAACACUAGUAAUAGCUCUGCUUCUAUAAUUGAAGAUAAUUUAAGCGACAGUAGCGAUUUAGAAAUAAAUAAGGUCGAUGAUGAGUCUGUAGAUACUAAUGUUAAAGAUGAAGACCUAUGGGAAGAUAUCUAUGGAAGAAAAAGGGAUAAGGAUGGUAAUGUUAUAAACGAAGUUAAAAGAUACUUACCUCCAGCAGCACGAAUUAACGUGGAUAGCGUUAAUAUGGAUAGUCAAAAAUUGUAUACUUUAAAAAAACAAUUGAAAGGAUGUUUAAACAGAGUUGCAGAACAUAAUAUUCAUACUAUAGCUAAUCAGAUAGAAGAAAUGUAUAUGGCUCACAGUCGUUAUGAUAUGAAUCAUAUGUUAUUAAAUUUGACGUUUGAAGCUUUAGUUGGACGUAUACUUACACCUGAUCGUCUCAUUUGCGAGCAUAUGAUGUUGAUCGCUAUCCUACAUGCUAACGUUGGCGUCGAAGUGGGUGCUCACUUUUUAGAAAAACUCGUUAAAAAAUUUGUCGAAACGAUGGAAGCGACGCAGGAUGUAGAAAACAAGGAACUGGAUAACGUGAUACUCAUGAUUGCUCAUCUAUAUAACUUUAAGGUAUACGGACAUAAGCUUCUCUAUCAGAUACUCGAUAAACUUAUGAUUAAAUUCACUGAAAAAGAAAUCGAAUUGAUAUUGCUUAUACUAAAAACAGUAGGAUUUCCACUUCGGAAGGAUGAUCCAAUUGCUCUGAAAGAAUUUAUACAAAAUUUACAACAAAAGGCUAGCCAGGGUACUGGAGAGAGUUCAAGAGUUAAAUAUAUGUUGGACGUUUUGUUAGCAAUAAAGAAUAAUAACGUUAAUAAAAUACCGCAAUACGAUCCGUCGCAUGCGGAACAUUUGAAGAAGAUUAUAAAAAGCGUGAUACGUAAAGGUAAUACUGUAACGCAAUUCAAUGUGUCUCUAGAGGAUUUGUUACGCGCCGAUGAAAAUGGAAAAUGGUGGAUCAUUGGUUCGGCUUGGUCGGGAUCAAACACCGUGGACGAUCAGGAAAGAACGAAAGAAAAGAAUACGCUUAACUUUGGAAAGAAAAUACUGGAACUAGCGCAGAAGCAAAGGAUGAAUACCUAUACAAGGAAAAAUAUUUUUUGCAUUCUUAUGACUGCCGAGGACUACUUGGACGCUUUCGAAAAACUUCAUCACCUCGGUUUAAAGGAUCAGCAAGGAGAAGAAAUUAUAAAUGUUUUAAUGCAUUGCUGUUUACAGGAAAACAAAUUCAAUCCUUAUUAUGCGGUAUUGGCCCAAAAACUAUGCGAAUAUAACCGAAAAUAUCAGCUGACCAUACAGUACGCUUUAUGGGAUAAACUGAAAACGCUAGGAACAUAUGGAAGUAGACAGUUAAAUAAUCUGGCGCGAUUUUUUGCUUAUUUAUUUAUCGAAAAGUGUCUGCCUUUGUCAAUUUUAAAAGUUAUCGAAUUCACAGAAUUAGACAAACAAACCAUGAAAUUCGUUAGACAAACCAUACUAGGUAUCCUAUUGCACAAAAAUGAACAGGCUUGUCUAGACGUGUUUAAUAAAAUAUCCGUUUCCCCUCAGUUACAAACUUUCAGGGAAAGUCUUCGCUUAUUUAUCAAUUGUUUUUUAAUUAAAAAUAUCGAUUCGACUGGAAUGAUGGACGACAAAGAAAUUAUGUUGAAGAGGAGAGCUGAAUUAAUAGAUAAAAUACUAAUUUCAGAAGGAUCCAAAGUCAUAUUUUGAAAUUAGUAAAAUAUAAUAAAUACUCGUCUUUCCUUUCUUUCCUUUCCUCUCUCUCCUUCAGCGUUCAAAAGGGGAAGAGAAACGGGGGCGGGCCCUCCCGGGAGAGUUAAAUAGAAUAACGUUGAAGAAUAUUUUACGGUUUAUUCAAGUAUUAUGCAGUUUCGUAAUAAUAAGAAUACAUGUAAUAUGCUUCGAUACGUCAACGUUUAUAUUUCGUUGUUUGUUAAUUAAACAUUUUCGAAUGUU